AUGGUAAAGCCAUUGUUGUUCAAGGGCGAUAAAAAACAACAGAAAAAGCGGAAGCGAACGGCAGAAGAAGCCAAUGACGGCGCGGUAAAUGAAGAUGGCGAGCGGCAAGUGAAGGCGCCCAAGGCCGACGAGGACGAGGGCGAGGAAGGCGGAAGCGACGACAGCUGGGUCUCGGUCGAUGCUGUCACGGAUCUGGCUGGCCCUGUCAUGUUUGUUUUGCCGAGCGAUCCGCCGACUGCGCUAGCGUGCGAUGCCAUUGGCAAAGUGUUUGCACUCCCGAUUGAGAACAUUGCUGACGGCAACCCGUCGAGUGCCGAGCCCCACGACGUGCGCCAGGUCUGGGUCGCCAACAAGAUCGUGGGGACGGAGCACUACCGCUUCAAGGGGCACCACGGAAAACAUCUCAGCUGCGACAAGUACGGCGUCUUCUCCGCGACCUCCGAAGCCGUGACGCCGCAGGAGUCCUUCAUCGUCAUCGCGACGGCCGACACGCCGGGGACCUUCCAGAUCCAGACGCUGCGGGAUACGUUCCUGACGGUUCGCGAAUCUAAGUUAGCCAAGGCCAACGCGUUGCCCGACGUGCGUGGCGACGCUACCGACAUCACGUUCGACUCGACGCUCCGCAUCCGGAUGCAAGCGCGCUUCAAGCCGCGCAUCAAGGCCCAGAAGGUCGAGAAGGCGUGGGAGAAGAUCAGCCGGCGCGAUCUUGAGGAUGCCGUCGGCCGGAAGCUCGAGGAAGACGAAGUCAAGAGCCUCCGCCGCGCCAGGAAGGAGGGCAACUACCACGAGCUGCUGCUCGAUAUGAAGGUGAAAAACAAGCACGACAAGUACGGCUGA